AUGAAGACAUCAUGGCUUCCCGCAGGCCUAAGGGAAGGCUUUAGAGGUGUCUGCUCCAAUCAACCGGCUAUCCCCAGAUCCCUACUCCGAAAUCGAAUUUCCCUAUCCUCACCCUCGAAACCCUUCACAACCACCUCACAACUCCGAGACACUUUUGCGGCCCCUGAAAUAAAUAUCAAGAGAGGAGGGAGAGAGAGAGAGAGAGAUGAGGAAGACCCCCCCAAAUUCCUCGCGCGUCUGGUUCCAUAUUCGCCAUCAUAUUUCACGGCUCAACCUUUAUAUACCGAUAACCUUCUGCAAUUGCAAAAUCUCGUACUUAAAUACGUGAAACUUCCCACUGUCGAGGCUGCAGAAGCGCCGCGUGUGUCAUUUCGGUCUCUUAUGGAAUAUAGGGAUCAAACUGGAGAGACAGUACGGUCAUCAAAAUACCAAAAGAUUGUAGAGACACUACAUCGACUUAAUCACAUCCAUCCAUCAGUGAUGCCUUUAGAUGUAAAGGAAGCCAUCAACUUAUACAAACGCGAUAUAGACCCUCACGAGAAUCUCGCAAAACCUAUACCCAUUGAUCAAUUCGGGCGGGCACUUGGAGUCGGAAGGAGGAAAUCGUCUACGGCAAAAGCGUAUUUGGUAGAGGGCACCGGGGAGGUACUCGUUAAUGGGAAAACACUCGCGGAGGCUUUUGGUAGACAUCAUGAUAGGGAAAGUGUUAUUUGGGCAUUGAAAUCUACGGACAGAAUCGAUAAGUAUAAUCUUUGGGCCCUGGUUAAUGGAGGUGGAACUACAGGGCAAGCGGAAGCUUUGACGUUGGCAGUGGGGAAGGCAUUACUUUCACACGAACCGGCUUUGAAGCCUGCGUUACGACGAGCCGGAUGUGUGACUCGUGAUCCAAGAAAGGUGGAGAGAAAGAAGCCCGGUCAUGUCAAGGCCAGAAAGAUGCCUGCCUGGGUCAAGAGAUAG